AUGACUGCCUUUGGUGUGAUGAAACUUUUAUGCCAAGCAAGCAGAAAUGAGAAUAGAUAUGCAAAAAGAUUCUUUGGCACCGUUCUGACACAAACACCACAAAAGAGGGUCUUUUCUCCACUCUGGAUGGUGGUACCUGACCCUAGAAAGUCAACUGUGUUUGGACUUGCUCAACCACUUUGUACAGCAGAAAAACCUCACACGGAGCCAAAAAGGAAAGCAGCAUUUGGAAGCGUUGGGCGAAGAAUUCCGUAUCGGAUUUUGCACGUCAUCAACCAGGAUGGAGAGAGCUUAGGAAAUAUGCACCGAGCAGAGGCGCUCAAACUUAUGGAUCAGCAUGGCCUGAAGCUAGUUCUUCUUCGUGAGAAUGCAGACCCUCCUGUAUACAGACUCAUGACCGGGCAGCAGAUUCAUGAAGAACAGCUUAAACGUGCAGAGAAGAAAAAAGCAAGUCCAAAGCCAGGGAUGGUGCAGAAGGACUUAUCCUUUUCUUCAGCUAUUGCCAAGAAUGACUUAGAGACCAAGAUUAAACAGAUAGCACAGUGGAUUGAAAAGAAAUACCACGUUAAAGUUACUGUCCGGCAAGCAAAAGAUAGCAAUACAGACAUGUUCAUGCUUUUUGAUCGGAUUUUGGAGGCUGUGUCCGAGAAAGCCACUUAUCUUUCCAAGCCAAAAGUUACUAGAGAAGGAGUGAGUACCUGUACCUUGAGACACAUGUCUGACAAAGAGUUGAAAGCAUACCAGAAGACAGAAAAACAGGACAACAGCGCAGUAAAGAAAGAUGAAAAUCAAGAUCUGAAGUCAAGUGAGUCGCAUCAGUGACUUUAUGAAGAGGUGUAAACAAUAUUAAUUU